AUGGCGAUAACAAGCGCGUUGACCUUGCUGCUUGCCGGCGGCAGUGCUCUGGUUUCGGCCACGAGUGCAUUGACGUCCAAGGCCGGCCAGGUUGGGGUUAUUCCUACCUGGGACUUUCAGUCGUCGUCCUCUGUGAGCAAGGACCUUGCCUCACUGUCUAAGCCUGGUGUUGACACGUCGUCGUGGCAUCAUGUAAAAGAUUCUCGCUGCACCGUUAUGGGCUGUAUGCUUGAGUCUGGAGAAUACAAUGAGGAUGAGGUGUGGUUCUCAGAGAACCUCAACAAGGUCAACUGGGGCCAGUUUCGCGUUCCUUGGGUCUACAGAAACGAGUUCUCUCUUGCGCCGAAGAAGGGCCAACAUUUCUUCCUUCAAACCAACGGCAUCACCUCCCGAGCCGACCUCUUCUUCAACGGCAAGAAAAUUGCAGAUAAAAAGGAGCAGGCUGGUUCUUUUGGGGGCCAUACCUACGACAUCAGCGGCCUUGUUGGUGCCAAAAAUGCUCUCGCCGUCAACGUGUAUCCCGCGGAUUUCAACUUGGACCUCGUUUACGGUUUCGUGGACUGGAGCCCUCAUGCUCCCGACAAUGGUAGCGGUAUCUGGAGAGAGAUCACUGUCAAGCAGACCGGCCCUGUUGCUCUGGGCCCGAUGAGUGUGUCGGUCGAUAUCAAGGUUCCAGUCGAGUCCAACCCCGCCAAGGUUACAGUCCGUGCUAAGUUGCAGAACCUCGAGGACCACGCGGUUCAGGUCGAUGCGGCUUCACUCGUUUCUGAGUCUUCUGGGUGCAGAGUCGGGUCCAAGAAGACUUCCAUCAAACUGGCGGCCAAAGAAACCAAACUUAUCGAGCUUACGCACGAUGUCAAGAAGCCGAAGAUUUGGUGGCCCAAGUUCUGGGGUGGCCAGCCCUUGUACAAGGCUCAGCUCACAGUAAAUGUCGCGAAUGAACUCUCCGACUCUGCGACGGAAACUUUUGGCAUUCGAACUGUCACGUCGGCUGUAAACAGCCACAAUGACACCAUGUUUACCGUCAAUGGCUACCCGUUCCAGGUUAUAGGUGGUGGAUAUAGCCCAGAUAUGUUCUUCCGCUGGGAUGCCAAGCGAUGGGCAAACAUUAUGAAAUACUCGCACGACAUGGGCCUCAACACCAUUCGUCUUGAGGGCAUGAUGGAACACCCUGAGCUGUACAGAAUGGCUGACGAAGCUGGCAUGAUGAUUAUAGCUGGAUUUGUGUGCUGUUCUAAGUGGGAGGCUUGGGAGUACAACACUGAUAUCGAUCCCAAUUCCCCCUGGACAGAGAACGACUACGAGACGGCGAAUGCCACCAUGCGACACGAAGCUGCCAUGAUGCAGCCUCAUCCAAGUGUGCUUGGAUUCUUGGUUGGCAGCGACUUCUGGCCCAAUGACCGUGCCACCAAGAUUUACGUUGAUGCUCUCAAGGACUCGUACUGGCAGACUCCAGUCAUUGCGUCGGCCUCCAAGCGUGGCUUCCCAGCGCUUCUUGGCCCGUCUGGUAUGAAGAUGGAUGGCCCUUACGACUGGGUGCCCCCCAACUACUGGUACGAUACUGAGCCAUCUGAGGAUCGUCUUGGUGCCGCCUUUGGAUUUGGCUCCGAGCUUGGUCCUGGCGUUGGCACCCCUGAGAUUAGCAGUCUGAAGAAAUUCUUGACUAAGAGCGAGAUGGAAGACCUCUGGAAGAAGCCCAAUGCCAACUCCUUCCACAUGUCAACCAACACAUCGUCAUUCUACAAUCGCAAGAUCUACAACGAAGGUUUGUUCAAGCGCUACGGCGCGCCAAAGUCACUUGACGACUACAUUUUCAAGGCCCAGCUUAUGGACUACGAGGCCAUUCGCGCACAACACGAAGGCUACUCUGCUCGAUGGAACGAGGAUCGCCCAGCCACGGGUACCAUUUACUGGAUGCUGAACAAUGCCUGGCCCAGCUUGCACUGGAAUCAGUUUGACCACUAUCUGCAUCCCGCUGGCUCCUACUUCGGUACCAAGGUCGGUUCGCGACUGGAACACGUUGCGUACGAUUAUGUCCGCCAGGAGGCGUGGAUUAUUAACCACAGCCUUAACAAGAAGGGCAAGCGCACGAUUGCUGUUGAACUGAUUGACCUUAACGGCAAGUCAAUCUCCAAGGACUCAGUGACCGCCAACACUGUUCCCAACAAGUCUGGAAAGGCCGCCAAGGUCUCGGGUGUCAGCAAUAUCAAGGAUGUUGGUCUUUUGCGACUCGUGUUGUCGGACGACAAGGGUGAGGUCCUCAGCCGAAAUGUAUACUGGCUGACGAAGAGUGUUGAUACUCUCAACUGGCCAAACUCGACGUGGUACCACACUCCUGUGACCAAGUUCCCCGACUAUAGCGCCCUGAGCAAGAUGAAGCCUGCUCAACUGUCCGUCAAGGCAUCCAAGGCCGGCAGGGCUCACUCGGUCGUGUUGGAGAACAAGUCGGAUGUGCCUGCAUUCUUUGUCCGCUUGAAUCUUGUGGACAAGUCUGGUGAGGACGUCAACCCUGCGAUCUGGUCGGAUAACUACGUGACGCUCUGGCCCAAGGAGAAGUUGGCGCUUACAGUGAGCGGUGACGGACGGGAAGCCAAGGUUCUUGUCAAUGGUGGAAAUGUCAAGGCGUCAUCGGUAGCGCUGUAA